AUGUCGAUCGCAAAUCCCGAAGAUGUUGCACGUGCUGUUGCUGCAUUGGCCGCGAAUCCAGCCUUGGCCAAUGCCGUCGCCCAAGCUCAGUCAAUGUCUUCAGCCUCAGCUCAGAACGCUUCCCUGCCGCAGUAUUCAGUGCCUGGUCCAGUGAUUGCCGGCACUUCCAAGUACACUCAAUUGUUGGCCUUGAUCGAAGAACUUGGAAAGGAUGUCCGGCCCACUUACACUGGAAAUCGAAACUGCUCGGAAAGACUGAAGAGAGGACUAGUUCAUGCUCGGAUCUUGGUCAAGGAAUGCAUCUCCGAGAUUGAAAGAAGUGCUCGUAAUCAGAAUCAGUAA